CACUUCAGCAGCAGCUACACUGGGGUUCAAUCAAAAAUGUAUAAAUACAAAAGACAGACUGGUCGUUCUAUUUUCAUUCAGCGAUGACACAGCAGUCUCCAGGUUUUUGUCUGAAGACCCCGUCCGAGACCCCGUCCAAAGACCCCGUCCAAAGACCCCGUCCAAAGACCCCGUCCAAAGUCCCCGUUCGAGACCCCGUCUGAUUCUCUGCAAUAAUGACAGCGCUGCUACAGACCAGACAGCACUGCUACACACCCAUCAGCUAUCCUUUCCUGUCUACUUUCUUCACACAACUGCAGUAAAAAUGGCCUCUGGAAUAGCGGUCCACGAUGAUGUCGUUCACACAUUUGACAAGAUCAGAGUUCGCCUCCAGGGGGCUGACAAGCAGGAGCAGCUGAAGCUGGUGCUCUUCAAGAUCAGCGACGACGGGAAAUGUAUCAUCGUGGACAAGGACAAAUGCCUGAAGGUCAAGGACCUGAACGGGGAGGAGGACGUGUUCAGGAAGAUCGUCAACAUGAUGCCGACGGAGGACUGCCGCUAUGCCCUGUACGACUGCUCCUGGGAGAGCAAGGACAGCCCCAAAGAGGACCUGGUCUUCAUCAUGUGGGCUCCAGAACACUCAACUAUUAAAAAGAAAAUGAAAUACGCCAGCUCAAAGCAAUACAUUAAAGCAAAGUUCCAAGGUCUGAAGUUUGAGUGGCAGGUGAACGACAUGUCCGACGCCAAAGACAGCUCUGUGUUCAUCGAUAAACUGGGAGGGAGAGGAGUCGUAAAGAAACUGGAGGGGAAAGACGUCUAAGGUCCCCUGACUCCUGACGCCGCCCGUACAACAUGGAAUCAAAACCAGACAUGGGUUCUAAUACUAAUCGAAAUCCUUCCGAUUCUUUCAGCGUUUGCUUAAGCCUGUCAGGUGGGCUUUUAAAAAAUAAUAAAAACAAGUUUGGGACUUUUCUAAUACUUCCGUUGCAACAAGUUCAAUCAAGUAUUUGAGUUCGAAUAGUGUGUGUGAACACAGGUCUGGUCAAAACACCAAUACAAAAGCAGCCCACUUCCUGUGUGUCCAAUUGAUCUGUCCAUCAACAGAGUAUUGUAAUUGAUUUGGUCUUUAUUAAAAAAAACUCCCUUGGUCAAAUGGCAGAUUAGUAAUAAAAUAGCUACUCAUAUAGUUGAUAAAUGUCAUACUUUUUUCCCCCAGACAUAACUGCUUCAUGAUUUAUACAAAUGAACAUGUAUUUUCUUGUAGCUUUGGAUCCUAAGAUCAUCCUUGAAUGGGCUUUUAUUUUUGUUGGUAUCAUGUGUCUAUUGACUCUGUUCCAGACCAAUCAUCUGAUACGAUUUCAAUCAUAUUAUUCAUGUACCUUCCUUGUUUGCUGAUGUUUUGUUGAAACUUCAAAAAUGUCUUGUUAAAAAAAGGAAGAUACCUCUGCAGAAUGUUGAUGGCAGAAGCUCCACCACUAUAAUAAAGAGAAACUGAAUUUCCUGUAUA